GGGAAGGCCGCCCGCCCGCCGCUGUCCCCAACGCGGCCGUCGCUGCGGAAGCCGAGCCGUCCCGCGCCGCCGAGCGUCCCCGCCAUGAAGCCCAACUUCUCCCUGCGACUGAGGGUCUUUAACCUCAACUGCUGGGGCAUUCCCUACCUGAGCAAGCACCGGGCCGACCGCGUGAAGCGCCUGGGAGACUUUCUGAACAGGGAGAGCUUCGACCUAGCUCUCCUGGAGGAGGUGUGGAGCGAGCAGGACUUCCAGUACUUGAGGCAGAAGCUGCUGCCCGCCUACCCAGCAGCGCACUACUUCAGGAGCGGCAUCAUUGGCAGUGGUCUCUGUGUCUUCUCCAAACACCCAAUCCAGGAAUUCACCCAGCACGUCUUCACCCUCAACGGCUACCCCUACAUGAUCCACCACGGUGACUGGUUCUGUGGGAAGGCCGUGGGGCUGCUGGUGCUCCAUCUGGGUGGACUGGUGCUCAACGCCUACGUGACCCAUCUCCAUGCCGAGUACAAUCGACAGAAGGACAUCUACCUAGCACAUCGUGUGGCCCAAGCUUGGGAACUGGCCCAGUUCAUCCACCACACGUCCAAGAAAGCUGAUGUGGUUCUAUUGUGUGGGGACCUCAACUUGCACCCAAAGGACCUGGGCUGCCGCCUGCUGAAGGAGUGGACGGGACUGCACGAUGCCUUUCUGGAGACUCGGGACUUCAAGGGCCCUGAAGAAGGCUGUACGAUGGUACCCGAGAACUGCUACGUCAACCGGCAGGAGCUAGAGCAAUUCCCCUUGGGUAUCCGCAUCGACUAUGUGCUUUAUAAGGCGGUGUCUGGGCUAUACAUCUCCUGUAAGACUCUCAGAACUACUACAGGCCACGAGCCUCACAGCGGCAGCCCCCUCUCUGAUCAUGAGGCACUGAUGGCUACUCUGUGUGUGAGACACAGCCCCCCCCAGCACAACCCCAGCCCUACCCAUGCAGAGAGGUCGCCGCUGAUCAGUGUGCUAAGGGAGGCCUGGGCAGAACUGGACCAGGGCAUGGCUCAAGGUCGCUGGUGGGCCACCAUCGCUGGCUACGUGAUUGGUCUAGGGCUUCUUCUCCUGGCGUUGCUGUGUGCCCUGGCGGCUGGAGGAGAGAUCAGGGAAGUUGCUGUACUGCUCUGGACCCCCAGUGUAGGACUGGUGCUGGGGGCGGGUGCAUUCUAUCUCUUCCACGUGCAGGAGGCCAAGGGCUUGUGUCGGGCCCGAGCCGAGCUCCAGCAUGUGCUGGGAAGGGCAAGGGAGGCCCAGGACCUGGGCCCAGAGUCCCAGCCAGCCCUGCUCCUGGGGCAGCAGGAGGGAGACAGAGCAGAGGAACAAUAAAGCUUGACACUUUG